AUGAUUCAUACAAAGGAGAGACCUUUCAAAUCUACAGAAUGUGAGAAAAGCUUUAGAUAUAAGUCUCAUCUCCUAGAGCACCACAAAAUUCACACAGGUGAGAAGUCGCACACAUGUACUGAGUGCAACAAAUGUUUUAUACAAAUGACAAAACUUAUAGCUCAUGAAAGGACCCACACAGGGGAGAAACCAUUUAGCUGUACAGAGUGUGGAAAAAGUUUUACACGAAUGUAUCAUCUGAAAACUCAUGAAAGGAUUCACACAGGAGAAAAGCCUUUCACAUGUACAGAGUGUGGAAAAAGUUUUACAGAAAAGAGGUAUCUGAAAACUCAUGAAAGGAUUCACACAGGAGAAAAGCCUUUCACAUGUACAGAGUGUGGAAAAAGUUUUACAGGAAAGAGUUAUCUGAAAAGUCAUGAAAGGAUUCACACAGGAGAAAAGCCUUUCACAUGUACAGAGUGUGGAAAAAGUUUUACAGGAAAGAGUAGUCUGAAUAAACAUGAAAGGAUUCACACAGGGGAACAGCCUUUCACAUGUACAGAGUGUGGAAAAAGUUUUACAGAAAAGAGUAGUCUGAAUAAACAUGAAAGGAUUCACACAGGGGAACAGCCUUUCACAUGUACAGAGUGUGGAAAAAGUUUUACAGAAAAUAGUAGUCUGAGAAAACAUGAAAGGAUUCACACAGGAGAAAAGCAUUUAACUUGUACAGAGUGUGGAAAAAGUUUUACACAAAUGAGUAAUCUGAAAAAUCAUGAAAGGAGUCACACAGGAGAAAAGAUUCACACAGGAGAAAAGCCUUUCACAUGUUCAAAGUGUGGAAAACGUUUUACACGAAUGGAUAGUCUGAAAAUUCAUGAAUGGAUUCACACAGGAGAAAAGCCUUUCACAUGUACAGAGUGUGGAAAAAGUUUUACAGAAAAGAGUGAUCUGAAUAAACAU